UCAAACUGUUGUUUCCAUAUUGCUUCGUGCAAAUCAACAAGCGUUCAUUUCUAAGCGAAUAACAUUUAAAACUCCUAUAAAUCGCGAUUAGGGUCGUGUUUGAACUCGCGUGUAGCCAGUCGGAGGUUCAUCCGUUGUGCUAGCAGAAGGACUGGAUUAUACCGGCUGUAUGAACGCGCGGCUCUGUCUGUCCGCCCGGCUCCGCAGUAAACGAGUCUGUGGAAAGGAGCCGAGUUAAAUCUGAUGUGUGAGAUCUGCGACGGCCUCGCAUAUCAGCUCAUCUAAAAUCUACGAAGAAGUAAAACCUAGAGGAUUGGCACCAUCCGAGUCGAGUUAGCCAUGGCUUUCCAGCGGAGUAACAAGCAUUCCUCUUUAUCUAAACGCCAGGGUAAAGUGAGCGGACUUGGCAACCAGGAGGAGGUGUUUCAUGUCAAAAGAACUCCCUCCUCCCCUCAGGGGGGACCAAAGAAAAGAUCUGCAUUUGUUGAUCUUACAAAUACCAACAAAGUGCAGAAUGGUGCCUCAGUAAAGAGUGGUAAGCCAGGCAGAAAGGCAAGCAAAGCGGUUAAAACUAGGUCUAAAUGUACAUCGUCUGAGGAGCAGCCCAAGAAAGCUGAAGGUCAGGUGGAGGAGGCGGUAUCAGAAGACAUCGGUGCAUCUCGUCCUAAAGAGCAAUCUGUAGUCCAACAAGCUCUGCAGUCUGCAGUCCAAGAACAAAAGAUACCAGAAGCCUUUGACAUUGAUAAGGAGCAGGCUGGUGACAGCUUGAUGAGUCCGGAGUAUGCCAAAGAUAUAUUUGAUUACCUGAAGAAUAGAGAGGAGAAGUUUGUCUUGACUGAUUACAUGCACAAUCAGCCAGACUUGAAUGGAGAAAUGAGGGGCAUUCUUGUGGACUGGAUGGUGGAAGUCCAGGAAAACUUUGAGCUCAAUCACGAAACCCUGUAUCUAGCAGUGAAGGUCACAGACCACUACCUGGCCGUCACCGUGGUUAUGAAGGAAUCCCUGCAGCUCAUUGGCUCCACGGCUAUGCUCAUUGCUGCCAAGUUUGAAGAGCGAUGCCCUCCCUGCAUUGAUGACUUCUUGUACAUUUGUGAUGACGCGUACAAAAGGCAGGAGUUCAUUGUCAUGGAAAGGAACAUCUUACAAGGACUUAACUUUGAUAUCAACAUCCCUGUUCCAUACAGAUUCCUCAGGCGCUAUGCAAAGGUAGCCCAUGCUAGUAUGGAGACACUAACGCUUGCACGUUACGUAUGUGAACUCAGCCUGCUGGAACUGGAGCUGGUGCCUGAGAGACCUUCUCAUCUUGCUUCUGCCUGCUUGCUCCUUGCACUUGUCACUAAAGGCCUGGGAGGAUGGACAGCGGCUCUUCAGUACCACAGUGGCUAUUCACUGAGUGACCUGAGCCCUCUGGUGAGGAGACUGUACGCAAUGCUGGCCAGCCCAUCCGAUGAAAAGCUCAAAGCUGUGGAAAAUAAGUACUCUCACAAGGUGUUUUUUGAAGUAGCAAAAAUUCCACUUGUACACAUUAAGACAUUAGAAGAGGCUCUGUCUGAACAAGAUAUUACUCAGUGAAGCAAAAGAAUUCACCCCGGAGGUCAUGUAAAUAUGUGUUUGUUACAUUUGUAUAUGUUAUUUAUUAUUUUGUAUGUAAUUUAAAAUAUGUAAAUUUGUGUUUUGUAGUUUUGUACUAAAUUUAAAUAAUGGAUUGUUUUAACUGAUCGUUUUAAACGUAGUUUGUAGUUCUUUAAAAAUGGCCGAGUGAUUACAGGGCCUCGAGUUAAUGUGGAAUAUGAACCGAUGUAUGAAGAGGUAGUAUUGUUUUUUUUUUUUUUUUGUGUGUGUGUCAAUGUUUUGCAGGUGUUUGAUCUCUGUUACAGAUAUAUUUGUAUGCAAAAACGAUACAUCAUUUAUAUUCA